UCCUCUAUAAAUAUGCACGAUCGAAAUCUCGGUCUGCUGCUGCAACAAUCCUACGCUUCACCUGCCACAACCCGAAAAAAUGAGGCCUUCAUCUUCCUUCCUCGGCCCUCUACUUAUCUCUCUAAUCCUCCAUGCAACCUUGCACGACCUCGCCGCCGCCUCUCCCCUCUUCACGGACGGCCGGUGGAUCGUGGACGCCUCCGGCACGCGCGUCAAGCUGGCCUGCGUGAACUGGCCGUCGCACUUGGAGCUGAUGCUGGCGGAGGGCUUGUCCAAGCAACCACUGGCGAGCAUCACGUGGAAUAUCCACCUCAUGGGCUUCAACUGCGUCCGGCUCACCUACCCCACCUUCCUGCUCACCGACGAGUCACUGGCCUCCCUCACCGUCCGGCAGUCCUUCGAGAGAGCCGGCCUCGACGCCACCAUCCCCCUCAUCGCCCUCCACAACCCCACUUUCGUGGACCUCAACCUCCUCCAAGCCUACAAGGCUGUGGUUGCCAAGCUUGGAGCGACCAAUAUAAUGGUGAUACUGGACAACCACAUCAGCAAGCCAGGGUGGUGCUGCAGCAACUCCGAUGGCAAUGGCUUCUUCGGAGACACUUAUUUCGAUCCUAAUGUGUGGUAUCAAGGCCUAAUAAAAAUGGCGACGAUGUUCAAAGGAACCCCCAACGUGGUCGGCAUGAGCCUGCGGAACGAGCUCAGAGGUCGACGACAGAACGUGGACGACUGGUUCACGUACAUGCAGAAGGGCGCGGAGGCCGUGCACGGCGCCAACCAAGACGUGCUCGUCGUGCUAUCCGGCCUCAGCUUCGACAACGACCUGAGCUUCCUGGCGAACAGGCAGGUCGAUGUGAGCUUCCAGCGGAAGCUCGUCUUCGAGCUGCACUGGUACUCCUUCAGCAACGGCGACGCGUGGGUCAAGGGCAACCCCAACAACGUCUGCGGAAGCAUCUCCGGGAGCGUGAACACCAGGGCGGGGUUUCUGCUGGACCGGCAGCUGCCGCUCUUCGUCAGCGAGUAUGGAGUGGACCAACAAGGCGGCAACCUGAACGACAACCGCUACUUCGGUUGCAUCCUGGCGUUUUUAGCAGACAAGGACGUGGACUGGGCGCUGUGGACCUUGCAAGGGAGUUACUACCUCCGAGAAGGCGUCGUCGACAAGGGGGAGUCCUAUGGAAUGCUAACAUAUGACUGGGCCGGCGUCAGAAACCAGACUGUGCUACAGAAGGUUCGAGCGGUGCAACAGCCAUUUCAAGGUCCUGGCGUCUCCAAAACUCCUCCCUAUAUCAUCAUCCUCCACCCAUCCACCGGGCUCUGCGUCAGACAGGGCUCCUUGACAUCCCACACGCUCGAUUUUGGUCCCUGCGACGGCAACAUGCAAGCAUUCCACUACACCCAGCAGCAGACCUUGACAUCCGUAGAUUCAUCGCUGUGCGUGAGCGCCACCGGAUCAGGGAAGCCUGUAAAGUUCGACAGCUGCAGCGACUCGGGCUCCUCCUGGGAUCUGGUCUCGGACUCGGGGAUGCAUGUGUCGACCACAUUGCCCGGUGACGGCAGCACCCUGUGCUUGGACGUCGGCCAGAACGGCGUCGUCACAAAUCCAUGCAAGUGCCUCCGCGACGACGCCAACUGCGAUCCUGGGAGCCAGUGGUUUAAGCUCGUCACCAGCGCCAAGGCUAUUCCCUGAUCUCUCUCU